GAGCGCGACGUCUACUUCGAAAGCGUGCACGUAAUGACAUACCAGCUGCUCCACUCCCCCAGCGCGCGCCGCAGCAGCAGCAGCAGCAGCAGCAUGAGCAGCAGCAGCAGCAGCAUGAGCAGCAGCAAGAAGAUCGACUUCGUCGUGCUGGUAACCAACGAAGUCACUGCGCCGAAGAAAGCCAGGUUGGAGAAAGACGGCGCGACGGUGGUUGUAGUGGACCGCUUGAUUUCCGAGUGGAUGACGCCCAAGACAGGCCGCUGGCAGGAUUGCCUGACGAAACUACGGCUGUUGAAGAUGACACAAUACGGCAAGAUAACGUUCAUCGACGUCGAUCAUCUUAUUACGCAGUCGCUUGACGGCGUUUUCGACGACCCCGCCGCGGCGGUCCAACACACGGUCGUAAAUGCGUCUGUUGUGGCGGAAGCGCCGCUUCCGGAUACUUACGUUUUUGCGGCGAGGCCGGAGGCGGCGGGGGGCUACGGUCAUGUCAACCCGCCGCCUGAGGGUAACUACUUUAACGCUGGCUUCUUCGUGCUGAAGCCUGAUGAGAGGAUGCUCGAGUACUAUGAGGAGCUCAUG